AUGCGUGUGGAGACCCGCCAUAGUGGAAUACACUAUGCAAGUCCUCGAUGGAAAGUUUUUAAUCCAGCAAACUACACCACUGAGACGAUGAAGUACUCGGUGCUCACGGCCUUUGACGAUCCGGACAUUGUCCUAUCCUGGAUGGAUCCUACGCCUGCCAUCAUCGACAGCUUCCACGACAUGAUGUACCGCGCAGCAGACGCAUGUGCCUUCUGGGCGAACUUGACCGAUCUGAUCGAUCCAGGACUGAGCAUCAACCAGACCUUUACUGCGCACCAGACGACAGAGCAAAAUAUCUUCCGCUCCGACUUUCGCUGGUUCGCAGGAGUCGCACUCCUCGAAGUUCUGGCCGUGAUGAUCGUGAUACCGUUGUACUGGGGCUUUUGGAAGUUACGGGAGGAUCUGGAUCUGUCGCCGUUCGGCAUUGGUGUCGCUCUGCAGGCGCCUUUGUUGCAGGACGUGGAGCCUGCGAGGGGCGUGGCGGGAGUUAUGGAGGAGGUGGGCGAUGUGCAUACGAGAUUCACGGAUGAUGUCUUUGUCAGAUCAUGA